UUCCAGUGACUCCCCUCACCUGAGCCGACAGACAUACUCAGUAACAGUUAAUCCUCAGAUUUCGGCUGGGACAGAUCCUGGUGUCGGUAUUCCCCUGCUGGCUGCCUCAGCUUGACACAUCACAAAGAUUUUAUACUUUGUGCCUUUCCGAAUUUGCUCAGUAAUAUCCCCAGACUGGCUAACUAGUUGUCGUUAGCUGCUGUCUCCGGGUAACAACACAGCGGCCAGCAGCUUGUUAGCAGCUAACCCAGCUGUCUCUACCCUUUGUCUCUACUCUACUCUAGUAGCCGUUGUUUCUCCUCUGGGUUAACUAACACCGGCAUUUGCUAUUUUAUUUUAUUUUUUUCGCCUGACAAGAGUUAAGUAAACCAAGAUAGGCGGCUUGGGAACCAAGAUGUCGAACCGAGUGGUGUGCAGAGAAGCAAGUCACGCCGGGAGCUGGUACUCUGCUUCGGGAUCCCAGCUGAACGCACAACUAGAAGGCUGGCUGUCCCAAGCACAAUCCACAAUCAGACCUGCUAGAGCCAUCAUAGCGCCGCAUGCUGGGUAUACCUACUGUGGUGCUUGUGCAGCACAUGCCUACAAGCAGGUUGAUCCCUCUAUUACUCGUAGGGUGUUCAUCCUGGGACCUUCACACCACGUGCCCCUCUCCCGCUGUGCCCUGUCACCUGCAGACAUCUAUAGAACACCCCUCUAUGACCUGAGAAUCGACCAGAAGGUUUAUGCUGACCUCUGGAAAACUGGGUUGUUUGAGCGGAUGAGUAUGCAGACAGACGAAGAUGAGCACAGUAUCGAGAUGCACUUGCCUUACACUGCUAAAGCCAUGGAGAGCCACAAAGAUGAGUUUAGCAUCGUCCCUGUGCUUGUGGGUGCCCUGAGUGAGUCUAAGGAACAGGAGUAUGGGAAGCUGCUCAGCAAGUACCUGGCAGAUCCUUCCAACCUUUUCAUCAUCUCAUCUGACUUCUGCCACUGGGGUCAACGGUUCCGUUACACAUACUACGAUGAAUCUCAAGGGGAGAUCUACAGGUCUAUUGAGCAUCUUGAUAAAAUGGGGAUGGGCAUUAUAGAGCAGCUGGAUCCCAUGUCUUUCACCAACUACUUGAAGAAGUACCGCAACACCAUCUGUGGACGUCACCCUAUUGGAGUGCUGCUAAAUGCUGUGGCUGAGCUGAGGAAGACUGGUUUAGAAAUGAAUUUCACUUUCCUGAACUACGCCCAGUCAAGUGAGUGCAGGAACUGGCAAGACAGCUCCGUGAGUUACGCUGCCGGGGGACUCAUCGUUCAUUGAGGUCAACUUUCGCAGGGGCCACAGCAGCGCCGCCGCCCUGCCGUUAUUAUCUAUCGCCAUAACCUGACCCACACACCCUCCCUCUCACCCCCCUCCACCCCCCAGUCACACCCACUAUUUGCAGGAUGGACCUAGACACUCCAAGCCAAUACAGUCUCCUCCUCCCCGCCCCCUUUCUCCCACUCAACUCUCCCACCUUUCUCCACCUUCCUCUCAGUUUGAAGUGUGUCUCAGAGCUUUAGGUUGAAACUUUUUGUGUUGAAGUGCAGUUUUGAGAAUAUGAAGGAGCAAAGGAUCAGAGGGGAUGGGAGGGUUACGUAUUAUCGGAGGAAGCGUGGGGAGGUGGAAAUCUUAUUUGGGUUCUUACAAGGACUGUAGUCGUCCUCUUAGUCCUUUUUUAUUUUCAUGAGAAAACGAUGGAAUUGAGUUGUACUAAUGCAAUCUUUACAUUUGGACUCUUGGCGGUGUGUGCUCAUGUAAUUUGCCUCAGAAAAAGGAACAAAAAUAAAACUGCAGAUGUUAAUGGAAAUCAAGAAUAUUGAAAUGUUGCCAGAUGAAAAUGAAAUGAGUGUUCUGACUGACUGCUUCAAGCUACAUGCAACUUAAACUUUGAACCCAGUGUCAUAGGUAAUUACUACCGUUGCUCAACAUUACAGUAUGUUCUAGUUGCUAACAAAGGGCUGCAUCCAACAAAGUUCACUAACCCCCUACUGUACAAAACCAAAAACGUUAUUACUCUUAUAAUAGUUUAUUAAAUAUUAUCUUUUAUUCAUAUUUCAUUCCUUUAUUUCUCCCUAUUUUAGUACUUUUAUUAGACGUGAUGGUAUUUACUCAAGUAGUGUUGUCAUUUAUGCUUUAAAGUCAUCAACAUAGUUUGCCCAAUAAAUUAGUUUGUGCAACACUGCUCCCAGAUUCCAACUAUACGCUUGUAGCAUUAUAGAUAUGUUUUGCUAGGGCCAGGCUGCAGUUGUGGGUGCUACAAAAAAUGUAAUCAAAGCUGGAUAUAAACACUGACACCUCUAGUUUUUGUUUACACUGCCACCUUGAAUCUCUGUAGUUAUUGAAUUGUCAGACUUGGAGUGAGUUUUUCUUUUACUAGACUUGUAGAAAAUGUCUUUUCUUACACAUUGAGCUCUGUCAGAGCUUUUGUUUUGCUCUGAGCAAAAUAACACAAAUAUAAAGGCCUAGAUGGUCUGCUUAAGUUGUAGGAACUGUUAUUAUAUUAGCUUAAUAGGUAGCAAUUUACAACUGUUUUUGUUAAUACGUUUUGAUUUAAGAAAGCCAAAAGUUAUUGGGAAGUUUCAAGUCUUCAUUUUGCUUUCCAGCUUUGUUGCCUUUCAGUGUAUGACGAUGAGAAAUCACUUAUGAUUUCACUUCAGAAUUGCUCUUGAGGCAGUAGGAGUAACAAUUGGAAGGGGUUGGCUGAAACCAGUAACAGAUGGGAGUUUUAAGACCAGAACAAAGCCACAAUGCUUUUGUUGUAAGGUUGAAUAAUUUGUGCAAAAAAAAAAACAACAACUGAUAAUUGCUGUUCCCUGCUGUGGAUUUACUGGAUCUGAUCUCUUCAACAAAAA